CCGGUCGUAGCAAGGAGACUCGGAAAUGUCAGCCCUAUGGGCAGCCUUCCAGCAGGUCCUGGUGUGUGUUGCUGCGAAAGACUCCAUGCCGUCAGUGCCAAGAGGAAUGUGCCUUUGAGGUCACGUGGAGCCUAUUUAUAGACCACACAACCGCCCUCCUCCCUCGGCCAGCAAGCUGCUAAUGUGAAGGUCACAAAACAGGCAGUCCCCCUGGGCUGCCCCUUUUGUAUUUCAUGGGGGACAGAGCAAGCUUCUAAGGACACCAAUCCCAGGGCACUGGACCAACAUCAAAAAGCUCUUUGUUCUCAGAACUACAAAGAUGGCAAGCUUGGUGCGAUGUGCUAGCAGUUGUUCAUUGCCUUUCCUUCUUACAAUUAACGCAAGGUCAUUACAGUCAUCAGCUGGACAACGCUCUUUUAAAACGUUCCCUACUUUAUGGAGUGAACAGGCGACAAAAGGAAUUCGCUACAAGGACCUUAUUGUUGGUGUUCCCAAGGAAAUAUACAAAAAUGAGAAGAGAGUAGCUCUUUCCCCUACUGGCGUCCAAGCUUUAGUUAAGCAAGGCUUUAAUGUACAAGUGGAACAUGGAGCUGGUGAUGAAGCAAAGUUCUCUGAUGAUCUAUACAAACAAGCUGGAGCAAAAAUUGGGGACUUGAAAACUGUGUUUGAAUCGGAUAUUGUUUUAAAGGUCAGAGCUCCAGUCUUUAAUGAAAUAUUAGGAGUACAUGAGACAGCCCUGCUCAAGGAGAAGGCAACACUUGUCAGCUUCAUCUACCCAGCUCAGAAUCCAGACCUCCUAGACAAGCUUGCUCAACGCAAAGCCACCGUCCUGGCAAUGGACCAAGUUCCUCGAGUCACUAUUGCUCAAGGAUAUGAUGCCUUAAGCUCAAUGGCUAACAUUGCAGGGUACAAGGCUGUAGUCCUGGCAGCCAAUCAUUUUGGAAGGUUUUUUACUGGGCAAAUUACUGCAGCUGGAAAGGUUCCUCCAGCAAAGAUGCUAAUCAUUGGUGGUGGUGUAGCUGGCUUGGCUGCAGCUGGAGCAGCCAAAUCUAUGGGAGCCAUUGUCAGGGGAUUUGAUACCAGGGCACCAGCUUUGGAGCAAUUUAAAUCCCUUGGCGCAGAACCCUUAGAAAUCAGUGUUGCUGAAGCAGGAGAAGGUGUCGGAGGUUAUGCGAAAGAGAUGUCCAAGGAGUUUGUCGAAGCAGAAAUGGCAUUGUUUGCCAAACAGUGUCAAGAGGUGGAUAUUGUUAUCAGCACUGCCCUUAUUCCAGGGAAGAGGGCCCCCAUCCUGAUCACCAAGGAUAUGGUAGAGUCCAUGAAGGAUGGCUCAGUAGUAGUUGAUCUUGCUGCUGAGGCUGGUGGCAAUGUGGAAACCACACAUCCUGGAGAACUUCACAUUCACAAGGGCGUGGUUCACAUUGGUUACACGGACUUGCCAAGCCGAAUGGCCACUCAGGCCAGUAGCCUUUAUUCCAACAACAUCUUGAAGUUAUUAAAAGCAAUUUCUCCAGACAAGGAGUACUUUUACUUUGAGCCAAAGGAUGAUUUUGAUUAUGGGACUAUUGAUCAUGUCAUUAGAGGGACUAUGGUAAUGAAGGAAGGAAAGAAUAUAUUUCCAGCUCCUUUACCUAAAGCCUUGCCACCCCCUCCCCCUGCUAAACAAAAAACUGUCCAGGAGUUAGAAGCUGAUAAACGGGCGUUAAUCUCUCCAUUCAGAAAGACAGUGACUUCAGCUGGAGUUUAUACAACAGGCCUAACAACUAUUUUAGGACUGGGUGUUGUUUCUCCGAAUGCUGCUUUUACACAAAUGGUGACCACCUUUGGCCUUGCUGGAAUUGUUGGCUACCAUACUGUUUGGGGUGUCACACCUGCUCUUCACUCGCCUCUGAUGUCAGUAACAAAUGCAAUUUCAGGCCUUACUGCUGUCGGUGGUUUGGUGCUGAUGGGAGGAUCCUAUCUUCCUUCCAGCGUACCACAGACAUUAGCUUUGCUGGCGGCAUUUGUCUCUUCUGUCAAUAUCGCAGGUGGUUUCUUAAUUACCCAGAGAAUGCUGGAUAUGUUUAAGCGACCAACAGAUCCACCUGAAUAUAAUUAUCUUUACCUCCUCCCUGGAGGGGUAUUUGUUGGAGGAUAUGGUGCGUCUCUUCUCAGUGGACAUAGCAUUGAGCAGAUGAUGUACCUGGGCUCAGGACUUUGCUGUGUCGGUGCACUAGCAGGCUUGUCCAGUCAGAAUACCUCUCGACUUGGCAAUGCUCUUGGGAUGAUUGGGGUUGCUGGUGGCUUGGCCGCUACCUUGGGUGCUUUGAAACCAUCACCAGAACUACUGGCCCAAAUGUCAACAGCCAUGGCAAUGGGUGGCACCAUGGGUCUCACUAUUGCGAAACGAAUUGAAAUCUCCGACCUUCCACAGCUUGUUGCUGCAUUUCACAGUCUGGUUGGUUUGGCAGCAGUUCUGACGUGCAUUGCUGAGUACAUGAUCGAAUAUCCACACCUUGAUGUUCACCCUUCUGCCAAUGUUCUCAAAACCGUUGCCUACUUGGGUACCUAUAUUGGGGGUGUAACCUUCAGUGGUUCUUUGGUAGCGUAUGGAAAACUGCAAGGUAUAUUAAACUCCGCUCCGCUCCUUCUGCCUGGCCGCCAUUACUUGAAUGCUGGAUUGUUGGCAGCCUCAGUCGGUGGCAUGAUUCCUUACAUGCUGGCUCCCAGCUAUACAACUGGCAUGGCCUGUCUGCUUGGUGUUUCAGGACUUUCUUCAAUCAUGGGAGUCACACUUACUGCAGCUAUUGGUGGAGCAGACAUGCCGGUGGUGAUCACUGUGCUUAACAGCUACUCUGGAUGGGCUUUGUGUGCAGAAGGGUUUCUUCUCGACAACAACCUGAUGACUAUUGUUGGAGCCUUGAUUGGUUCUUCUGGAGCAAUCCUAUCUUACAUCAUGUGUGUGGCCAUGAACCGAUCUUUGCCAAAUGUCAUUUUGGGUGGAUAUGGUACAACAUCUACCGCUGGAGGAAAGCCCAUGGAAAUUGUUGGAACACACACUGAAGUUGGAAUUGAUCAAACUAUUGAACUGAUAAAAGAAGCUAACUCAAUCAUCAUCACUCCUGGUUGGGGCCUUUGUGCAGCCAAGGCUCAGUAUCCCAUUGCUGAGAUGGUGAAAAUGCUUAACGAACAAGGAAAGAAAGUCAGAUUUGGCAUCCACCCGGUUGCAGGCCGCAUGCCAGGGCAGCUGAAUGUUCUGUUGGCAGAAGCUGGUGUGCCUUAUGACGUUGUGUUGGAAAUGGAUGAGAUAAAUGAAGACUUCCCAGACACAGACCUGGCUUUGGUAAUUGGUGCCAAUGACACUGUGAACUCUGCAGCCCAGGAAGAUCCAAAUUCAAUUAUAGCUGGUAUGCCUGUAUUGGAGGUCUGGAAAGCUAAGCAAGUCAUUGUCAUGAAGCGCACGCUGGGAGUUGGAUAUGCUGCUGUAGACAACCCUAUUUUUUACAAGCCCAAUACCUCAAUGCUGCUGGGAGAUGCAAAGAAAACCUGUGAUGCUUUACAAGCCAAGAUUAGGGACGCUUAUUAUACCCACUAGCAUUUCCAGUCAGACUUGUAUAAACACCAGGAGCACAAUCCAGCCAGGAGGUUAGCACAUGAAGCCCUUUUGAUUUCACUGGGGAAGCUGAGCACACUGAAAUCAAUGGGACCUAAUGUGCCUAAGUGCCAUGGGAUUGUGUCCAUAAUUUGCACUCUUCAAGAAAGGGUUGGAGUGGAUUUGGUUCCGUAUUUAUACAGAACUGUGUAAGACAGGUAAGGGAACUUAGCAGAUCAGAUUAUGUGAAAAAAUGUGCCUUCAUGGGUGGAAAUAUAAAUCUCCAUAUUUAUUUUUAAAAGUA